AAACUCUUUUUCAGGGAAUUGGCAUCGGUCGGAUAUGGCAACCACUACGACGACCAGUUCCGCCGUGGACACCCCGCCAGCCGCCGCCGCGUCGUCGGCAAUAGGAAGCCUCAAGUCUGAGCUGGACAACAACGGCGUCCGUACCCUGCGGAUUGCCUUUGUGGGCAAUGUGGACAGUGGCAAGUCGAGCUUGAUUGGCACGCUGAUUCGAGGCGAGUUAGACGACGGACGAGGGCUGUCCCGGCAAGCCAUCUUCCGCCAUAAGCACGAAGUGGACUCGGGCCGCACGUCCAGCAUCGCCACCGCGUACAUGGGGUUCGACGCCCAAGGCGAGCAGGUGGUUGCCAAGCGAAGCGGCAAGAUCCUGCCGUGGUCCGAGCUGGCCAAGCAUUCGCACAAGAAGAUUCAGCUCAUCGACUUGGCCGGUACAAAGCAUGAGAUGCAAAGUAUCGGACGUGGGGAGGAGUAUGGAUGGUGUUCACCAUAGGACAUGAACGAUACUUGAAAACCACAGUGUUUGGGCUCACGGGUAUGCAGCCGGAUAUUGUCGUGGUGGUCGUGGGCGCCAAUAUGGGAGUGAAGAAGAUGACACUCGAGCAUUUGGGCAUCACUAUGUCGCUGGAGAUUCCAGUGGUGAUUGCAUUGACCAAGAUCGACAUUGCACCCAAGCCUGUCGCGCGCGAUACGUUGCAAACCAUCCGCAAGUGCCUUCGCCAAUAUGGCAAGAUGGGGAUGCUGGUCAAGUCCUUAGACGAAGCCGUAAAUGCCGCCAAGGGAUUGCCGUCCAAUCGCCUGACUCCCAUUUUGCCCUUGUCCAAUGUCACCGGCGAUGGGCUCGACAACCUCCGCCACUUGCUGCACUGUGUGGACGUCGAAGCGUUGGUUCGGUCAGCGCAGUCGUUCUCGAAUCAGGACAACGAUCAUACGAAUCUCGGCACUUUGUCGGACAAAUCCCUUUCAGCAUGGACUCCCCCCCAUGGCCUGUCGGUAGAAAUGCCCAUAGAUGACACGUACCAAGUGCCUGGCGCGGGCUUUGUCAUCGCUGGGACCAUCGUCACUGGCACCAUCAAAACGAACGACGUGGUCAAGAUUGGACCCGACCACAACGGCCACUUUCACAAGGUGGUGGUGCGGUCGAUCGAGUCCAUGUACAUACCGUUGAAAGAAGUAGUGACGGGGCAAACCACGGCGCUGGGCAUUCGCAGCUUGAACAAGAAACAAGUACUUAACCGAGGCAACUUUCGCAAAGGUAUGGUGCUCGUGAACCUCGCCACGGACGAAAAGCCGUUCGUCUCGCGCAGGUUCGAAGCCAAAGUGAUGAUCUUACAUCAUCAAACUACGAUCACGGUGGGGUACCAGCCCAUGGUGAAUUGCCGCACGAUUCGGCAAACCGCCGCCAUCACGGCGAUCCUUGGCACAGACGAAAAUGUUGAACAGCGCACAAUCCGUACAGGCGACCGUGCUGUGAUUGAGUUUACGUUUUUGCACUAUGCGGAAUUUGUCAAGCCCGGCAUGCGCUUUGUGUUCCGCGACGGCCAAGCCAAAGGCAUCGGCCAAGUCACCCGAGUGCUGCUGCCAGACAAGGAUGACCUCCGCCACAACAACCAACUUGACUCGUCGUAAGAGGGGUACAUACCGAACGGAUGGGCGGACGAUCGGCGAUAUGGAGUGUCAUGUGUUAGUGAAUAUAUAUAUAGUCCCUAUAUUGUGUUUUUCAG